UACAAGUAAGUCUAUCCACUUGAUAUUCAAAUUAAUGCGGUCUUCAAUUAAUUACAAUACAAUUCUUUCUUAACUCGUAUUUACACACAUCUUAGAGGUCAAGUUCUUAGGUUACUCAAUCGAUUGUCAAUUAUCCCUAAAAGUAAUAUAAAACAAAACCUGCACGAAAAUAUGCAUACGGCAAAAAGCACUUAGUUGUAUCAGAUGAAAUAGUGGAACCGAAAUCAAAAAUGACUGAAACGGAAUACAGUGAGCAAUUUAAAAAUGAUGAUGUUCCAAAAGAAAAUAAAGAGAAAGGCUUAGACGAUAAGUACAAAGAUAUAGAUGUAGAUGAAAUAAUACUCACGAAGAAAGUCGGAACUGAUUAUUCGUAUAAACAUAAAGUGGUGUGGAAAAAUGUGAUAGGAUUUUUUAUUUUAUAUUCUUUAUGCAUAAGAGGCGCUUUUCUGGCUCUGAUGGGUGAAAUAAGAUUAGUGACCAUUGUAUGGACGUUCUUUAUUGGUUACAUAACUGGUAUUGGAAUAACAGUUGGAUCUCACAGAUUAUUUGCUCAUAGAACUUUUAAAGCAACAACUUUUCUAAAAGUUAUUCUUAUUAUUCUUCAAACUGCAGCAGGACAGAAUGGUAUUUACAUCUGGUGCAGAGACCACCGCCUUCACCACCGCUACUCUGAUACGGACGGAGAUCCACACAACUCCAAGAGAGGCUACUUCUUCUGUCACGUAGGCUGGCUGAUGCACAGAAAACAUCCAUAUGUCUUAAAACUUGGCAAGCGAAUAGACAUGAGCGACUUGGAAUCGGACUGGAUGGUUAUGUUCCAACAUAAGUACUACUAUGUUCUUUAUACCAUAUUCGCUGUGGUUAUCCCAGUUUUCGUACCUUGGUAUUAUUGGGGUGAAUCUUUCAAAAACUCAUUACUAUUUUGCUACUUCUUUCGGUACAUAACACAACUAAAUGUGACGUGGUUGGUGAACAGCGCUGCCCAUCUUUACGGCACAAGACCUUACGAUAAAAAUAUGCAACCAGUCGACACUUGGCUGGUUUCCGUACUCACCUUUGGCGAAGGCUGGCACAACUACCACCAUACAUUCCCCUGGGACUACAAGGCCGCUGAACUGUCUGAUCACAUAAACCACUCGGCUAUUCUAAUAGAGUUCUUCCAAAGAAUUGGUCUGGCUUACGAUUUGAAAUCGGCCUCGCCUGAUAUGGUGCGAAGACGUAUACAAAAAUCUGGAGACGGGACGCAUUAUGAUCUAGGAAAUGAGGAAAGCAAAAAAGCUGUAUCUGCCAUUGGUCCCCUACAUCCUCUUAACCCCACUUACAACGUCACUUACGAACCCCCGAAUGUUCUGAUCAAAGGAGAAGGUCUACCUCUGUACCAUGAAAACGACGUUAUGAACGCAAAUGUUGUAAAAAGAAAUGCAGCUAAAGCGUAAUAUUUUUA